AUGAUUAGUAGAAAAACAUAUUUGUGGUUCAAAUUCGAAGUUGAGACAUUAAAGCCAACUAAUCCUUAUAAAAUGAAAGCAGAUGAUGAUAUAUUUAUGAGGGCGCCAUUGUAUCUAAAAUAUCUGGAGGUGCUUCCAAGGGAGAAAUUGAAUAUGGGAAGAGCAAUGGGUCAUGUUGACGACAGCAUCUGGAGGAUGAGAUGGCACGCCGUUGGGUAUGCAAACACACUUUCAAGAGAUGUCGUGGAAGAAAUAGUUGGCUAUUCAGGCCUUUGUAAACUAUUAUUCGAAAGAAUCAGCUUUAGAAACUUUGAAAAAUACAUAGAUUAUGGCGCGCUUAACGAGGAUAUUAUGGUUGGAGAAGUUAUAAGGAAUAAGUUGAAAAUUGAAGGAUUACUGACAGUGGAUAUGCAAGAUUGUCAUUAUGCGAUGAAUGUACAAAGGCCACUCGACCCAUUUGUAGAAGACAAUCCUAACCUUAUUGUUUUACACCACAUUGCCAACGAUGAAUACAGAUGGCUCAUGUUACACUGUCAAGCCCUAGCGCCACAUAACCAGCAGCCACCAUCAAUAUUUCAAAUUACAGCGUUUUGGCAUGAAUUUACAUGCUAG